GGGUAAUAAACCUAUUCCGAGGCGACAUUUGAAGGGGAAAAGGGAAAAAACGAAGGAAGAAGAAGUUGAUAGGUUGUUUGGAUUAUAAAUACCUUUCUCGAGUCGGAUCGACCACUAUUUUGUUCUAGGGUUUGUUCUAAGAAGUUGAAUAUCAUUUUGUUAACGCUCAAGAGACUCGUCAACCACCCACACUUUCAGCCGAUUCAGUCCCAUCCUAGGUUUUCAUCGGAGUUACGUUUCUGUUCUUGUGGCCCUCGUUCUCCAGAUCGCUAAUAGGGAGUUGUGUUCGUAGUUUCCGCUUUCCAGGAAAGUGACUAUUCACUCCAUAUACUAUGAGAGGGAAGUGAGAGACAUACCUGGUUUUAGUUCGACAAUUGCUGCCAAGUCACCAAGGUCCGAGAGAUGAAGGGAAGAAGGGUUUGCACUUCGUAGUGGCGAAUGGUGGGGACAAUGUAAGGCUUGGAGGACCUGGUCUUACACUUUUACUCCUGGCGAUUAAUGGCCCUUUGAUUGCAGUGAAAGGGAGCUUGGUUUGAAGUAAUGGAAGAAGGGUUUGCUGCGGUGGAGGAAUGAAGGGACAAAUGGUUUUUUGUACUUGGGUUUUGAGGAAAGGGUUGAUCGAAGUUUCUUUUUGUUGCAUCACCAUGCGAAGGUAUAGCCCACCCUAUUAUAGUCCUCCAAGGAGAGGAUAUGGGGGUCGAGGGAGGAGUCCCCCACCAAGGGGAUAUGGUGGGUAUGGUGGACGCAAAGAGCAGAAUAAUGGAAGUCUUUUGGUUCGAAACGUUCCUCUCAAUUGCAGGCCAGAAGAUCUUCGAGUUCCAUUUGAAAGAUUUGGACCAGUAAGGGAUGUGUAUCUACCAAAAGAUUAUUACACUGGGGAACCUCGCGGCUUUGCAUUUGUGCAGUUUGUGGAUCCUUAUGAUGCUACGGAGGCUCAGUAUCAUAUGAAUGGGCAACUUUUUUGUGGGAGAGAGAUAACUGUGGUUCUUGCGGCAGAGACUAGGAAAAGGCCAGAGGAGAUGCGUAACAGAUCCAGAACGACGAGGGGGCCUUCAGGUUAUGGAGGACGGCGAUCAUCAUACUAUGGACGUUCCCGUUCACGUUCCCCUCGUUACCCUCCAUCUUCUAGGAGCCGAUACCGCUCGAGAUCCUAUUCUCCUGCACCGAGGCAGCGAGGUGGCUACUCCAUUUCCCCCAGGCCAAGGCAGGCAGAUCGCUCAAGAUCACCAAGGGAUCUUACACCAGAACGAGAUGACCGCUUGCAGAGACGGUCGUAUUCACCAGGUUAUGGUGAUGCUGUUAGUGAUCACGAGAAGCCCAUUUAUGAUGGGGAGGGAUCAAAAGUAGGUUGGAGAUCUCCAGGAGGUGCAUCAAGAUCACCAUCUGGGUCACGAUCGAGGUCUGCUGACUAGUCACCCAGACAGCAGAUAAAACAAAGGUGUAUAGGUGCCUUUGGAUGCACCGGUAACUCAAUUUGCUGACUAUGGCAGAAAGUGGUUGGUCAUAGAGGUACUGCCUUGACAGGCAAUGUGGUCAACUACACUAGUAACACAUGGACCAACAAGUUGUGUUGAUGUUUAUCUUCAUUAAAAAGAUCUACUGAUAACUGAUUGAAAUAUUAAACCAAUUUUGACCUUCUAGAUGGUAGUGAAAUUUGACCUCGGCACUAUGUUCCCGUCACAAGACGUUUCCACAAGUCCAUGGAUAUGUUUGACGCAGUUGGACAAAAUAUUUUUGGAGCACAAGAGAAACACCAUAUAUAUCUGACAUAAUUGUGUGUAUCAGUGGAGAGGAAAAAAAUAUAUCAAUUAAGACGCUAAAUAGAGGGACAUUGUUAAUUUGAUGUGCAAA